UGAAUAUAAAUAUUGUAUUGCACAUAAAUAUCUAUAACAACCUCUAAAAAUGUAAAUACCUAUCUUAAAUACCUUAUUUCUCAGAGAAAAUGAAUGAGUGCAAAAUAGCCUACAAGCUCCACCCCCUUUUCUGCCAAAGAUGCCCACCAAUCAGAUCAGUUGCCCCAGUUUUCUCCUCAUUUUUACAUUUUACAGCAGACCGUCUAUCCUCUCUCCAUCUGAGGAGGGAAAGGGGGGAUGAAAAUGGAAGGGUCUCAGGAGGACCGAGAGGGGUGGGAGAGCACUCUGGAGAGACAGAUCACCAGCCGAGGGUCAGAGCUGGGGCGCAGACUGUACUCCCACAGGGAGUGUGUCCGCAAAGCUCAACUGACCCAAGGGGCGUGGGCCUUGACUGACCCUCUUACCCAGUACUGGCUCAGUCAGGAUGGAGAACAAUCCAUGGAUUCUAGGAUUUACAUGCUGGAGAAGGUCUUACCAUCUCUGGUCCCAUGUGUCAUGCAGCUCCUUAGAGAGGCAGACUUGUCUGAGCUGAAGAGACAGGUGGGGCAGUGCAGGGUGGAGCUGCAGAGGGGAGAGGAGAUCCAGAGGCGUACCAUGGAGACACGGAGGGAGUGUCUGGCACUACACUUCACUGACUGGAGGCUCCACCCUCUGCACCUGGUGCAGAAUGCUCUACUCAGCUUCAAGGAACUCCUUCAUUCCAAAAGUUCAGAUGAUCAGUUGGCCUGGGACCUGAACACUGAUGAUUCUGGCACACAUGACUCACUACAGCAAGACCAAUUUGUCCAUUAUGCGUGUCAGUAUGUCUCGGGGCUCUCUGAGGAGCAGUUCCAGCUGUUUCUGGAACAUCUCUCCCUGUGUAGCCGGGAACACGGCUGUGCUGAGAAUUUGAGGCACUGGACAGAGACACUCUCUCAGGCCUUCACCCACUGUGACUGUGCUAAGACUGGGUGUCUGGACAGAGAGAGAGUGUUGGCCCUUCUGCUGAGUUUCUACCAUGAUCAGAAUGAGAGCACACAGGAGUCCAUGCAUGAUCCUAACCACUGGCCCUUACAAGAAGACGACCACAUGACCGUUGGUCUCCUUGGAAGCCCUGUAGCCAUGGAGACAGAGAAGGCCUGUAUGCCAUGUGAUGCUGGACAGGGGGACAUGCAGCUUCCAUGCCAUGAGAUAAAGGGGGGAGAAGAGAGGAGGGGAGAGGGAAACAGGGUUACCCCCACAGAGAGCCUGGAGCUGGGGCACCAAACUGCCAUACACAGCCCAGAACCUCCAGACGACCGAGCGAACAUAGAAGAGGUCAUGAAGGGGUCAGGGUCAGACAACCCAGCGCUGGACAUAGAGGGGCUAUGUGUUGUCGUGGAGUCUGGUCCCCUACCUGAAGAAGCAGAGGAUCCUGGGUCGUGCUGGACCAUGUGUGCCUAUGAAACUCAAACGGUGAGCCGAGGGCAGUUCCUGCAGCUUGUGCUCAGCUUCCUGGGGAGAGCAUCCAGUGGCGCUAUGGUGGACAGCCUGGCUGGACACAUCAAAGCUGGCUACAGAGAGAAAGAGAGCGAGAGACUGCGCCGGCUGCAGCAGUGUAACCAGCAGAAAGAAGAGGACAGGAGGUCAAAGGAGGUGUCGUCUCUUUUCUUCUCCUGGGACAGCGAGGGCAGAGGAGCAGUGGACAGAGAGGAGGUGGAGAGAGAGCUAAGUCUGUACAAGGAUGGAGCAGAGGAAGGGGCCUUACAGAGAGCCUGGCAGCAUGGUGAGCCACCUCUCUCCAGCUGCUCUGUCCUCUCUCUGGGACAAUUCCAGGCCUUACUGAGGGCUUUCCUGGUGGAGCUGCCACCAGAGGAGGGUUCAGGGGUCUGGGCCUUCCAGGAGCUCCUGGUCUACCUGCAGGAGCGGGCAACCCUGCGAGGGAGCAAGGACAGGGGUAGAGGGGCUACCAGGCAGGCCUGGCUGCAGGAGAUUGGGAGAGCAGCCCAAAGAGGUUCAGCCCAGAUGGAGCCUGUUUAUGGAGCUGUGUUUAGCGCCGUGCUCAGAGAUGCAGAGGUGAAUGCGAAGGGGAAGCUGUUGAGUGUCUCUGUAGCCCUGCUGGAGGAAGAGGAAACAGGCUCCAGGCUGAGUUACGUGGCCUGUACUACUGAGGAUGCCCGCCUGGUUCUCAACAAGAUGCUCCAGCCACACCAGGCCCCUGUCAGUUUCUCAGCCAUAGAGAGCUGUAGUCCAGUGCACGUGCCCAGAGUGGGCGUUCACGGAGGGGUCUACCUUUUCGACGAGUCUCGAGCCGCUUCACAUUGUUAUGGCUCGUUCAUCGCCAUUCCCAUAUUGGACCCCCGAGAGCAGGGACGAGCUAUUGGGGUGCUGGGUCUCGACACACUCCGAGAUUCAAACGACACACACCUGUUCUCACGCCACGAGAUAGACUUCUACCAGGGGGUGAGCAGUGAAUUCAGCAGAGCUCUCCAUUAUGUGGUGACUCACCGCAGCAUACUGCACAUUGUGGAGAGCGCCUCACUCUGGCUACACAGUAGAGUCUCUGCCAUUCACAGUAUCACCACCUAUCUGAUGGAGGCUUCAGAUGGACAGGGCAGUGACUACUCUCUGAGGAAGAUGAUGGUGAUGGAGGGAGGUUCUAGUCACUCCCAUUGGCUCUCCCCUCCUCCUUCCUUACACCGCUCAGAUCACUUCUCCAGAGACUACCUGUUCCAGUGCUGUGACACCUCACAGGUUGGGUACUAUGUGGUGUUUGGGGCGUACAGACUGGUGCUCCCUGUGAGGGACUCAGCUGGGUGGGCCCUGGGGGUGGUGGACAUGGAGUUAGAAACCCUCUCAUCGGGCCACCAGGGGGGGCUGCAGCCACACGAGCGCAGGGACCUGUCUGCUGCAGGGAAGGCAAUGCAGGCUGCAUGUGUUCAGCUGCACAGAGAGAGCACUGGGACGAGCAGGCAACACAGACUUCUAGAGGCGGAGGGCCUGGGAGGGGAGCGGCGGGCGUCCAUCUUGUUCCUAUGUUUCAUGCUGGAGCACCUGCGCCAUCGCUGUCUGUCCAGAUUGGACCAAUCAAUUGUAGCGGAGCUCCAGAGCUCCCAGGAUGCACCUCACCACCUCCCUGUCAGUCAAGUCGUGAAGGCGGUGCUUCUACUGCUGUACCCUGAAAGGGAGGGCUCUGUCCAUACAGACGAUUGGUGCCAAAAGAUGAUGGUGAGCACUGACCUGCGCCAUAGGCUGGCCAGGUUUGACCCCUUAGCCAGGGCGGUGAGAGUGGACAGGGAGCUGGUCCACAGCUGCAUAGCAGGAGUGGAAAGGAGGGAGUUGGGGCAACAUAGAUCAUUACCACUGGAGGACCUGUAUGACUGGGUGUCCAUCUGUUUGUCUGUCUGUUCCUACUAGAUUCAAGUUUCAAAGUUUAUUCGCCACGUACACAGUAUACAACAGUACAGUCAAAUUCUUACCUUGAGAGCUCUUUCCCAACAAUGCAGUGAUAAUAAUAAUAUAGAUAACAAUAGAACAUUUAAAACAUGUGAUUUAAUUAAAAAAACACACAAGAACAAUGAUGUGAAUUAGAAACAUGAGAAUGCAAGUGUAUACAGGUCAGUGCCAGUACCUUAUUCGAUUUGCAUGGGUUUCUACAUAAAAAGUGACUGGUUGCAGGAUAUACAUGUAAACAGGGCUGAAAAGUGACUGGAAGCAGGA